AUGCUUGUGAUAUCGAGCAAAAGAGAUUCCAGAUUUAUAUCUGUUUUGGAAAAUAUUUUAAACGAUAUUAUCCCAUGUCAGUCUGUGAAUAUAACAAGGGAUUUCAAAUUGUCUAAAAAUUCAAUUCAUUGUGUACCUUCUGUUCUGAAGUGCUUAGGGCUUAUUGAGGUUUUUCGUCAUAGUCCGUUUCUUCUGUGGAAUCUUAUAUUGGCUAUUGAAUACAAUUGCACAUCUUAUGUGGCUUGUGAUACUAUAAAAUCUAUUUUCGAACAGAGUGUAAUUAUCAAGCAAAAUUCUCCAAAGGUAUAUGAUUUUAACCUACUGAAACCUGUAAUUCAAUUCAUGUUAACUGGAAUAGUCGAUCGUCCCGUGUCAAAGGUGUCCUGUAGUUGUAAUUCUAUUAAAUCAUUUCAGUUUGUCUUACAGAAUACAAGCUGGGAUAAUUUUAUUCAUAGUUGUUUGAAUAGUCAAUUCAACUUAUUGCCCAGUCCAGACAUAUUGAAAAAUGUUCUCAUUGUAUCCGAUUGGGAAGCUGCACAGUUAUAUAAAAAUGAUCUUUUAAUUGAUCAACUACUUGAACAUCUUUCUUCAAAUUUUCUCAAUCCAAAAGCUGGUCAAUAUUCUGAUAUGAAUGAACGGAAAUUGCUUGUUUGGUUACGAUUAUAUAGUAUAAAAGACUAUGCCGAUCUACCAUUAUCAGUAAAACAGCUGUGCAUCGCUCUUGCUAAGGCGUGGUGUUCAUUUAUAUUUCAGAAAACAGUAAACGAGUAUUUUGAUGAAUGUUUGACUGACUGCGCACAAGUAAUUUGCAGAUCUAUUUAUCUACACGCUGGAUCGUCUAAUGUAAUUGUGGAAAAAUCAGUCCAGGAGUUUUUUCAACAUAUUCUUGACAUGCUUGUGAUAUCGAGCAAAAGAGAUCCCAGAUUUAUAUCUGUUUUGGAAAAUAUUUUAAACGAUAUUAUCCCAUGUCAGUCUGUGAAUAUAACAAGGGAUUUCAAAUUGUCUAAAAAUUCAAUUCAUUGUGUACCUUCUGUUCUGAAGUGCUUAGGGCUUAUUGAGGUUUUUCGUCAUAGUCCGUUUCUUCUGUGGAAUCUUAUAUUGGCUAUUGAAUACAAUUGCACAUCUUAUGUGGCUUGUGAUACUAUAAAAUCUAUUUUCGAACAGAGUGUAAUUAUCAAGCAAAAUUCUCCAAAGGUAUAUGAUUUUAACCUACUGAAACCUGUAAUUCAAUUCAUGUUAACUGGAAUAGUCGAUCGUCCCGUGUCAAAGGUGUCCUGUAGUUGUAAUUCUAUUAAAUCAUUUCAGUUUGUCUUACAGAAUACAAGCUGGGAUAAUUUUAUUCAUAGUUGUUUGAAUAGUCAAUUCAACUUAUUGCCCAGUCCAGACAUAUUGAAAAAUGUUCUCAUUGUAUCCGAUUGGGAAGCUGCACAGUUAUAUAAAAAUGAUCUUUUAAUUGAUCAACUACUUGAACAUCUUUCUUCAAAUUUUCUCAAUCCAAAAGCUGGUCAAUAUUCUGAUAUGAAUGAACGGAAAUUGCUUGUUUGGUUACGAUUAUAUAGUAUAAAAGACUAUGCCGAUCUACCAUUAUCAGUAAAACAGCUGGUACCUACUAUGUUAACAUACUGUGCUUCACAUGAAAAUGAAUGUAUACGUAUAUUAGCAUUGGAUGGUAUUUAUAAAUUUCUCUGUAAAUAUUUACAUGUAAAAAGUAAAACAAAUAAUGAUAAUUGUGAUGAGAAAUCAAUGAAUUUUAUCCUGUCCAAUAUUUCUACUGCUCAAAUGUUGAUGGAUAUAUUUUUAAAUUGUUGUACUACAUUCAACAAUUGUUCAAAUCCAUCUUAUCGUAAUCAAUUUCGAAAAAUUUUCUCCAAUUUAACAGAGUAUAUACGUAUCAUAUGUAAAUCUAUUCGUUUCAAUACGGGUAUAGAACUAUUAAAUCAAAAUAAUCUUAGUAAAAAUAAUAAUGAACGUAUUAUUAUUUGUUUAUCCGAUACUGAAAUAUGCUUGGAAGUGUUUGAUAAUUUGUUUGAUUUCAAUAAUAUGGAAAGUGACGGUGUUAUAAAUAUGCCGGAAAAAGAUGUAUUAUAUUUAAUUAAAUUAAUACGUUUUAUCAGCUCAAUAUGUCGCAUCACUUCUAUUCAUACACGAACAGUUAAUCAAAAUACUAUUGACACAACAGUAUCUACAUGUAUAGAUACUUACUUUUGGCCAGGGAUGAGUUAUCAACGUGCGAAAUUUUUACUGGAUAUUAUUGAAACUUCAUUAGGUGUUCUUAAUUUAACAUCGACUGGUCCAUGGAAUAGAAAAUCCAGUAAAUGGAGAUCAGACUUUGGCAAAGAUUCAUCAUACAAUUUACGGACAUUAAUCGAUAAUAUUUCUGCACAAUAUAAUUGGGAUUAUAAAUCCACUAAUUUCUUACGAUAUUUAUUGAACGGGCUACUCUAUGUCAACUCAGAUCUCCAGUCACAAAUUUUAUCGAUUGUUUAUGAUCAUUGGAUUGAAAAUAAAGAGGCAUUGAAGGAAGUGAUUUAUCCCACAAUGGUUGAUUUGGCUUGUUCAUGGUGCGAUACUCCAUGGUGUUCAGUUUAUACAUCUGGGUCAAAUAUUUUAACAUUUUGUGGUACCAAUGAACUAUGGGAUUCUGCCUACUUUGGUGCAGAUAUUCGUACAUGGUUUUUAAGUAAAUUGAAAAGGUCUUCUGACUUAGUUUGGAUGAUCAACAACAGUCUUGGUAAUGCUGAUUUAGCCAUAUUUAGUGGUAAAUUACUUCAUGUUGUUCAGUUUCAAUCUGGUCUAGGAUUUUUAUUGACUAUUGAUCAAAUUUUAACUACUUGUUUAAGUAAACUAAUGAAACAUUCAAAGAAUAAUAAAUCCAAUCAAUGCAUUGAUCCAAUGCUAUAUGAAUUCAUUUGUUGUAAAGAAUUACCCAAUCUAUGUUUGGAAUUAUGCAAUCUGUGCCUUUUUUCAAUGGGUUGUCAAAUUUGUCAAUUUAAUCCAGAAGAUGAUAGUUUUGUAAUGAAUUUUUCUAAAGGUGCCUGUUCAUUUCGAGAAUUGGGUAAUGCGAUUUUUAAAACUGUUACGUUAGCAAGACGCAAUCAAUCUUUAACAAUGGGUAAUGAAACAGUUGGUCAGUUAUCACAAUGUCAUCUAAUUGAAACUAUGCAUACAAAUGAUACAACGGUUGAAAACUGUUCUGAUAUAGAUUUAUUAAAUUCUAUUGAAUUAUUACCAGAAUAUCAGCAUAUCAUCUCUUGGUCAUGGAAUACUCUCAAAUUCUGUUCCAAUAUUAUUGCGAAUUGGUUUGCUAUUCAAUGUAAAUUGCUUAAAGACAAUAUGAUGAGUGUGGAGCAAAAAUUGCUAUCUGCUAAAAUUGGCUACCAAUUAUUACAUCAGUUGUUACAAUGUCGUUAUAAGGGAACUAUAGAAGCAUUAUAUUACAAUAUUUUUCUUUAUUUACAAACUGUUGAAAACUAUCGAUCUUCUUCUUGUGCUUCGUCAUCAGCAACAUGUCAAGAAGAUGCUUUCAAAUCAUUAGUAUUGAAAAUGGAUUGCAAAAAUAUCACUACUGAUAUUCAAUAUUUAUUGACUUGUAAUGAUGCUAUUUCUGCUGAUCAUAUGUUACAAAUAUGUUGGCAUGUUAUUUGUAACAGUGCUUAUUCCGUUACUAGACGUGCUGCUGGUCUAAAACCAGUUAUACGUGCUUGUCUUUUAGUGAAAUCCUGUAAUGGACUUGAAAAUCCUCCUUGUUCACUUGUUUGUUGUUUAAAACGUUUAUUUGCAAUUACACAAUCAGACGAUAAUGAUGAAUAUAAUAAUAUGCACAAUACUACCAUUAAUCAAACUGUAUCUGAUUCAACUACACUUCAUGAUUCACCACGAGUAUUUGCUUUGCAUUUACUACAUGGACUAUUCACCGAUGCUCGAUUACGUGUACAUGAACAUCCUGUUCCUAUAGAAACUGAUGAUAGUCUAUCACAUGUGAAAAAUUGGACAAUUGAAGCUCUUCAAUUAGCUGUUAUUCCUGGUUUCAAUUCAAAAAAUUGGAAUGUUUGGAAUGGUGCUCUUCAACUUCAUAGUGUAUUAAUUUAUCGUCUGACUGGUAGUAUAAGUCAUGAUUUCGAAUUUCCACUAAUUUCUGAUGUCUGCUUUCAAUAUCCUCAAAUGUUAGAUAUUAUAUUGAAUUGUCUGAAUAGUAAUUAUCAGAAUUUAUCGUCUACACAAGCUUUAAUACCAAUAUUGACUUUAAUUGUUAGAUUCUCUCCAUCAUCUGAUCAUUCAUUGUUACAAUCAUCAAAAAUCAAUGAAAUCCUCAAACAUCUUGAAUAUAUACUUUUCAAUCAUUACAGUUUACAUAUUCGUAAAUUAGCAUCAAAAGCUUAUUUAGUAUUUUUAUGCCUACCAAUUGAUGCAUAUUAUCAAUCUAGCGUCAUUCAGUGCUCUCAAAAUAAACAAUCUUCACUUUGUCGUAUAUCAUGUAUUGGUGGACCAUUACAACUAAUUCCUUAUGAAUGUUUCAUGCAUAGUGCUCAUGUGAAACUUACCAAUCAUUCUAUCACUAAUGCAAUACAUGGUUAUUUAUGCUUAUUACAAUCAUGGUAUCAGAAUAAAACAAAUGAUAUUGUUCAACAUUGGAGAGAAUCACUAUUCAACAUAAAAUCAGCAUUUAAUUAUCUUCUUCAUUGGAUAUCUAUUUCUGCUUGGUUUCUUGCUUAUGAAUUAUGCAUUUUGAUCAAUUCUGUUUACAUAAAUCAUACAUUGAUUCAUUGCGAAGAGAAUUAUCGAACGGACCUGUGGACAAGAUUGCUCACUUUACGAAAAUCGAUAUUUACAUUGUCUAAUCAGCCAUUUCAUUGUGAAUUCUUAAGUGAAUUUCAUCAGAUUUGUAUAAAAUUAUUCAAUGAAAAUUUAUUCUAUCAUAUAAUUAAUCAUGAUAAUAAUAAUACAGAAAUUAAACCAAUUCUACUAUUACGUUUUAUUAAUCUAUUAAAAAUGGAUUCUAAUUUAUCAGAUGAAUGUACUUUAAAGUUAAUGGAUUAUUGGAUAAAUUGGCGAUCGUCAACAUGUCGUGUUGAACAACAUCCUCCUCCUUCUCCUCAUGAUCAUGAUCACCUUCAUCAUCAGCAGCUGCUACUGCAUGAGAACAAUCUCUUGGAAUAUAUCUAUCCAAAUGUAAUGUGGCGUUUCUUAGAAUUAUUCAAUUAUUCAUGUCAUUCUAUGCGUUUUAUUGAGAAAGUUUCAAAACAAUUCAAUGUAGAAAUUUUAUUAUCACGUUUAUGGAAUUUAUGUUCAACUAAUGAGAAUAUUUCUGGUGUACAAUUUUGUAUUCAUCGUUCAAGAUUGUUAUAUUUUAUCACGCGUCUACUUACUUGUCUACCAUUAUCAACAUCAUCAUCAUCAUCAUCAUUGAAUUAUUAUUCCGUUUACAUAAAUCAAUGGCUUAAUUUACUAACUGAUUGUUUACAAUAUCAUCGGUCAAUGGAAUCACGAAUUUUAGCGUCGAAAUCAUUACAAUUAUUGGCGGUAGAAUAUCAUUCAAACAGUAAUAAUAAUAAUAAUAUUGUUAUGGAAUUGCCAUCAAUAUCAAAUCGAAUUGAUAUCGUGAGAUCAAUUUUCAAUAUAUCACAGCGUAAAAGAUUAUUAGAUUGUAUGUUUCACGGUUUGUUUGAUGAAUCAUUGGAAGUUCGUUCAAUCAUGAGUAGUGUAAUCAAUGUUUGGUUAAAAUUAUCAAUAAAUCAAAUGAAUCCUGUAAAUUAUAAUCAUGCAAAUACUCAUUUAAUUGCUUUACAUAAACUAUUGAAACAGGUUAUUCCAUUGUUAUUAUUAAAUGAUAUCAAUGCUAAUGAGAAAAAUGCCAACAACAUUAAUGAAAUGCAUUCAAAUGAUCAUGUAACAUUUAGCGAAUCGACAGAUUGGUUAUACAAUAAUUGGUUGACUAUUAUGAAAUCAAUGAAUUGUUUGAUGAUUGAUGAAUAUGAAUCAAGUCAACGAAAUAUAUUAUAUGAUAGAGAAGCAUAUAAUACAUUCUGUGAACCACGUUUACAAAUUGAUCUAUUGUUUACAUAUCUUCUCAUGGAACCAAAUCUAUCUAAAGAGAAUCUUCUACAUGUCACAUCAUCAUUGAUUAACGAAGCAGAUAAUCAUUUAAAAUCUGUUUGCAAUAUGAAAGGUUUGCAAAUAGAAAAACUUUUGGCUAUAGAAAAUUGGUGUGGUCCGGUUGUUCCAUUUGCUGUGUUUACAAGAAAUUACAGUGUUCAAUUAAUAAAUUCACUGAAAUAA